AGAGUAAGGAGCGCCAAAGUGGCCGGGAUAGAGGAGGAGGAGUUGGACGGGCUGCUGCAGUUUAAAUUAAUGUCAACCUGUUGCUUCGUCGGGAGAAUAAAACCAGCGCAGAUAGCGAAAGUACAUGUUCUGCGCAACCUGCUGCAAGCCGCUUACGAGACUGUAGAAUGACCCGGCGGCCGAGAAACAGUGUUUACAGCAGCGAGGAGGAUGAUGAAGAAACAGAGAUGUACGAGCAUGAUUAUGAUGGAGUGAUGGCUAAGACGGGCAAACGCCACCUCGGCAAAACGCGAUGGACGAGAGAGGAGGAUGAGAAGUUAAAGAAACUUGUGGAACUUCAUGGAUCAGAAGACUGGAAAGUCAUUGCAAGUCUGUUAUCUAAUCGUACAGAUGUGCAGUGCCAGCACAGGUGGCAAAAGGUGCUCAACCCUGAACUCAUCAAAGGGCCCUGGACCAAAGAGGAGGAUCAGAGGGUGAUCGAGUUGGUCCAGAAAUACGGAGCAAAGAGAUGGUCGGUGAUAGCCAAGCACCUGAAGGGGCGCAUCGGGAAGCAGUGCCGGGAGCGCUGGCACAACCACCUGAACCCAGAGGUCAAGAAGACCUCGUGGACCGAAGAGGAGGACAGAAUCAUCUACCAGGCCCACGAGAAGCUGGGAAACCGCUGGGCAGAAAUCGCCAAGCUUCUCCCCGGCAGAACUGACAACGCCAUAAAGAACCACUGGAACUCCACCAUGAGGCGAAAGGUCGAACAAGAAGGCUACCUUCAGAACACGUCAAAGAGCAGCAGCUCCUCUCUUCCCAUCAGCCACAACUACACCAAACCCACCAAUCCUGUCAUGAGUUUCCCCGAUCACACACAACUGCUUCCUUUGUCACCUGUCAACUAUGCUUACAUUUCUGACACGCACAGAAUGCCCUUCUCAAUGGCUCUGCGUUUUAACAUCCUCAACAUUCCCCAACAUGGAACCGCUGCUAUACAACGACACUAUGGGGAGGAAGAUCCUGAGAAAGAACAGAGGGUGAAAGAGAUCGAACUUCUGCUCAUGUCAACAGAAAACGAGCUGAAAGGCCAACCAUCACUACCAAUUACUCCAACCUAUUCAAACUGGGCCGGUCAGAGCUCACUGAUGAGCAGCUCAGAAGGUGUAGCUCUGUCCUUACCUCAUCACCAAGCACCGGUACCACUGCUCGACCAAAGCUGCCUACCUGAGGAGAGCGCCUCCACAACGCGUGGCCACUGCAGUCGUGGCAGCAGCAGCCAUCACAGCAGCCCAGCAUUCACAAAUACUAUUCCAGACUUCAUGGAUUCUGUCAUUGAUUCAUUUCUCAUCCACUCAAUGAGCCCAGAACACUCCGAUGACAGUUUACAGAUGAGCUCACCUGUGGACUCCAAGCCUCUUAUUGACCACAACCUGAGGCCGCAGAAAGACACGGAAAUGUUCCGGACUCCAAACAUUCAUCGAUCCAUCAUGGAGUCCACUCCUCGCACACCCACUCCAUUCAGGCCGACUUUGACACUUCAAGAGGCCAAAUACGGACCCCCUAAACUUGUGAACACCACGCUGGAGCAACAGAUUGUUGAUUCCAUCAAGCAGGAACCGAUGGAGUGUGCCAUUGAGCAGCCCCCUCUUAAGAAGAUAAAACAAGAGGUGGAGUCUCCAUGUGAGAGGAGCCCCUGCAUGCAGUGGGAAGGACAAGACCUCAAUGCGCAGCUCUUCUCCCCCAACGGUCCUGCACAGGAAGUACCUGACCUACUUACCAGCUCAUUACUGAAUGAAGAUGGACACAAAACCUAUCACCUCCCUCGCAAAGGCAUGAAUAGCCCACUACAGCAGCUCAGUUCUUGGGAUCAGGGGACCUGUACAAAAGCAGAAGAGCACAUUAUGGCAUCAGAGCAGAGCCACAAGUACAUCAACACUUACCCUGCCAGGACGCUUGUGAUGUAGACAAACGCUGGGCAGACACAGCAUCACAGGUCUCUGUGUUUUUGUGGUACAACAGUUGGGAGAGGCUUCAUGCCAUCUGUGUUUUUACACUCACACUUGUUGGAUUUCAACCAACCAAAGACUAAACUUUUUUUUGUUUUGUUUGUUUUUUACAAAAUCUUUUUACAUAGAAUUUGAUUUGGGUUUUGCUAAAUACUAUAAUGAAUACUUUCUCUUUUGAUCUCCAUUGUGUAUUAUUACUAUUAUCAAUGUUGUAUUAUAAAUGGGAAACGGUAACUAUGUUUGCAUUGGGCUGUAUUAUGAGUUACAAAUUUUGAUAUUAAUAUAAAGAACAAGUUGAUUAAUUUAUUAGUUUUUUUCGGUGAUGACUUUGUUGUUGUUUUACAAUUGGCCAAUAGAGCAGUGUUGUAAUUUUAAGUAUUUAAGCCCUGUUAGCAUUAGCAUACAUGCCUUGUUAUUAUUUCAAAACUGACCUCUGUAUUUUUACUUUGAACUUUCUUUUCUAUCUUUCUUUACAUGGUUGUAUGGGGUCUACUGAGGAUUUCAUUGUUUGGUCUGAGCCACCUGAUGUAAACACUUCACAGGAACGGAUGAACUUGUUC